AUGGCUUUACUUUUUCAUCAACUUUACCAAUUUGCAUCAUGUUUUUUUCUUUUAUUAACUUCCUACAACAUUGCUGAAAGUGGCAAGGUGUUGGUGAUACCACAAGAUGGGAGUCACUGGCUCAGCAUGCAUGCAGUAGUGGAGAAACUUGAUGAGAAAGGGCAUGAAAUAGUAGUGGUUGCUCCAGAAACAAAUUUGCUCUUGAAAGAAUCAGAGCGUUAUGCAAGGAAAACGUAUGCUGUGUCUUAUACCCAGGAAGAUCUUGAUCAGACUUAUAGUAAAUUCUCUAACAGUCUCUUUCAUGAGGUCUCCUUUCCCUACACUAUCCUUGCAGAAUACCGGAACAUUAUGUACCUCAUUAACAUGUAUUUUCACAACUGUGACAGCCUGCUGCAGAACAGAGAAAUCAUACAAUACUUGGAAGAGAAUAAAUUUGAUGCACUCUUCACAGACCCAGCAUUGCCAUGUGGGGUGAUCCUGGCAGAAUAUCUGUCCAUCCCUUCCGUGUACUUCUUUCGUGGUUUUCCAUGCAGUUUAGAGCAUGCAAUCUGUAAAUCUCCAAACCUUGUUUCCUAUGUCCCAAGAUGCUACACUAAACACACAGACCACAUGACUUUUUCCCAGCGAGUGCUGAACCUAUUUGUUAGCACUUUAGAGACACCACUGUUUAAAGAUUUGUAUACCAAAUACCAAGACAUUGCUUCAAAGUUUCUCCAGAGAGAUGUGCACUUACCAACACUUUACAGAAAUGGCUCCAUAUGGCUACUGAGAUACGACUUUGUAUUUGAGUAUCCCAAACCAGUGAUGCCCAACAUGGUCUUCAUCGGAGGCAUAAACUGUGAGGAGGGGAAGAACCUAUCUCAGGAGUGGUGGGUCAGCCCUUCCAGCUGCCCCAGUGAGACCAUUUCCUCCACCUCCUGA